CCCCUGGCAAGCUCACUUUCUGAAAAAUGGGGCUACCGAGAAGUCGCCUUGCUUGGCAGCAUACUCGCUUCGGUUGGCAUCGCAGCAACCUUCUUCUGUGAUAGCUUGAUAUUUUUUCUUCUCAGCUCCUCCGUGGUUGCGGGUUAG